AUGGUCUAUGCGGUCCCACUCAUAAUUUUUAUGGACGACGUCUCGGGCAACAUCUCAAAACAGUGGAAUAAGCACCAUGCGAUCUACAUGUCAAAUGCAAACCUACCACAGGAAAUGCUCGAGAAGGAAUUUUUUGUGCGCUUCGUCACAUCCUCUCCCCAUGCCGCGCCAAUGGAGCUGAUGCGAGCAAUGAAAGACUCACUAUGUGAUGCAGCGAACUCUGGUAUUGUUGCCUGGGAUUGCAAGGAUCAAGAGGAGGUAAUGCUAAUACCAUAUGGGUUAUUUGUUGCUGGAGAUAAUCCAAUGCAGGCCGAAGAAUGCAGCCAUGUGGGCCUUAACUGUAAUUACUUCUGUCGAACGUGCAAUGUCUGUGGCACAAAGGAAUACAAGGCAUCUCACAAAGGCUACAAUAGUAUCUUUAUGACGACUGAAGAUAUUCGACAUCAAUUCGAGGCUGCUUUGAAACCGGAUGCUACGACCAAAGUACAGAAUGCUAUGUCCUCGACUGGCAUUCACGAUAGUGCUUCGACGUCCAUUCUGGAAUCAUUGAUUGAACUUGGCAAGAAACUUCGUAAACGCGAGCCAGGCUCACAAGCAAGGUCUGAAAGUGAUGUUACAGCAGCACUCGAAAAAGAGUUCGAGGAACAGUUACGAGGCGCGACAUUAGACGAUGCUAUCAAUCCAUUGCUUGGCAUGAAUGGAAUCAGUAUGCACUUGGACACGCCAACUGAGAUCCUUCACACGAUAUUGUUGGGCGUCGUCAAAUACUUCUGGGGUCAGACUGUGUUUCUCCUUGAGAAAGCAAAGCUUCUGCACAUCUUUCAGAGCCGACUCAAUUCUGUCGAUAGGGAUGGAAUGAACGCGCCUUCCCUAAAUGCCGACUAUAUAUGUCACUACAAAGGAAGUCUUAUUGGGAAACACUUCAAGAGCUUGGCUCAAGUAAUGCCCUUCCUGAUCCAUGAUCUCAUUCCUCGGAUGGUUCUCAAUGGAUGGUCCGUAAUCGGAGAGCUUGUUGCACUCGUGUGGCACACGACGAUACCAGACACUGAAGUGUAUCUUGUUAGUUUAGUUCGCACUGAGUCCUUCAAAGGCGUCAUUGACUGA